GGCUCUAACGAAUCACGCCUAUCUCAAUGGCACUUGCGUUCUUCCCCCGCGAGCCCUAGUCUUUGACACGUUCUGGCAUCGAAGAUAUUCUAGAGCUUCCUUCGUCCCCAUUUCCCAGUUCGAGAGCUCUUCCAUGUCGAAACAUCUUGCUAUCAUUCUUUGCCCUUGUUGAGGUCCAUUAGAACCAUCCAACCAUGUCUUACCUCUACUCCAGCCUCGUCACCGCAGGCGUCGCUGGUGUUGCCUACCUCGUCGGUCUGGUCAUUUAUCGAUUGUUCUUCCAUCCUCUGGCCAAGUUCCCUGGUCCAAAAUAUGCGGCAAUAAGUAGGUGGCAUGAGUACUAUUAUGACGUCCAUCUACAAGGUCAAUUCCUCUUCUAUAUCAAAACCCUACAUGACAAAUACGGUCCGAUUGUACGAAUAACCCCUGACGAAUUACACAUCUUGGACUCGGAUUACUGGGAAACCGCUUUCACCAAAGCAGGCAGGGUCGACAAGUAUGACUGGCUGUCAGCACGUUUUGGCAACGAAAAUUCGGUCUUGAGCACUGCUCCCGCCGAACUUCAUCGCGUGCGCCGAGAAGCCCUGAAUCCUUUUUUUUCCAGAAAAAGAAUCAUCGACCUGCAGGCUAUUAUCCGUUCGAAAUUGAACCUCUUGAUCGCCAAAGUUGGCGAGGCCAGCAAGGCCAACACCCCAUUGACCAUCAGUCGAGGCUAUAUGGCCUUUGCCGAGGAUGUCAUUAUGCAAUACUGUUUUGCCCAUGACUACAAUGCCCUUAACACCCCCGAAUGGAAGCCCAUCCUCCACGAUCCAUUCCAAGCCGUGAGUAUCAGUGGCAAUAUGUCCCUGCAAUUCCCUUUGCUCCCCAAGGUCUUGAACCAGCUCCCCCAGAAUUGGCUGGUCAAGCUCGAGCCCUUGUACGCCCUUGUCUUUCGAAUGCAGAGGGAUUUUGCCAAACAAAUCGUCAAUCUGAAGGGCGGCAAGAUUGAUGCCCUCGCCGCCGAGUCCGGUCAUACCACUGUCUUCUCUGAGAUCCUCCACGGAGACCUCCCGCAAGAGCAGAAAUCCGACAUCCGGCUACAGGACGAAGCCCAAUUGCUCAUAGGCGCUGGAUUGGCCACAACUGGCUGGACAUUGAGUGUCGGCACCUUCCACUUGUUAAACAACCCACCUGUACUGGCACGUUUGACUAAAGAGCUCAAGGAGGCCCUUCCAAACGCCUCCUUGGCUGAUGCGAGCACGCCUUUGGAAUGGACUGAACUAGAAAAACUCCCCUACCUAUCCGCCUGUAUCAAGGAGGCUGUCCGGCUGUCGUAUUCCACCACUUCACGAAAUGCCCGUCUCUACUCCAAGCCUAUGCAAUACCGCGAAUGGACCAUCCCCCCAAAGACCCCGGUCUCCAUGUCUAUUUACUUCCUCAACCACGACGAAGAGAUAUACCCCAACUCGACUUCGUUUGUCCCAGAGAGAUGGCUGGGAAACCCCAAGACCAAGAAUGGAUCCAGCCUGGAUCGGUACUUUCUCGGCUUUGGCAAAGGGACCAGGUCCUGCUUAGGAAUCAACCUCGCAUACGCCGAAUUGUAUCUCACAUUCGCUGCCAUGUUCCGUUACUUUGAGUUUGAUCUUUACCAAACCGACCAGAGCGACGUGGACUUGGCACAUGACUUCUUCCUUCCUUUCCCCAGACUCGAUUCUCAAGGCGUUCGUGUGACAGCUAGACCCACAAAGGCUUGAUCAAUUAAUCGAAAAUAACGCACUGGCGUCCCAAGAGAUGAAGAUUGUAUUGGGAACCCUCGAGGGAGACCUUCACAUAUGUGGAGAGCAGUCUCACCUCAUCGCACAUAAGGCAGGCAGGGAGGGCUUGGUCUUCUCAACCUUUUCGUAAAUAUCAAUAUCCUAUAGCUAAAUUGGGAUUGGGAGUGAUGCGCGUACAAUUAAGAUCUGACGUCUGGUGAGCGAUGUGAAUCUGUUGAAG